GCUAAAGAUUUGGUGGGAUUGGUAUCUUCAACUUAGAACUACAAAUAUCUUAUGUUAUCAAUAUGCCGCAUUAACGCUGUCGCUUUCUUGAGAUUUAUUGACAUAAAUGAUUAGCGAUCAUUUACUACUUUCUGUGGCUUAAUGGUAUGCGGCUCUCUAGUAAUGAAAUGGUAGAACUGGUUCUCAUUCAUGGGCUACUUAAGCCAGUAGCUUGGCAAGGAAGUUUGCAUUUAGUCAUUAUUUAAAGCCUUCUUCGAAAAGACGUGAGCUGAUUCGCGUUCGCGUUUAAUAAAAAUCGGUUAAAGUAAUCUAACAAAUAAUUACGUGAGUGCUGUGCAAUGGCCGUACGACAAAAUGCUGGCUUUUGUUUGCGGCUUCUGAGCUUUCUUUGGUGUUGUAACCUGUGUUGUGGUGCCGCGUUUUUUCCGACCAAUUCCGCAUAUGGUAUUUUUGCCGCCAUUGCGGUGCCGUUGGAGCUGCCGCAUCGCAAUGUCUUUAUCUCUUACAAUUUUGAAGCGAACUACAACUUGCCGUACACGUGGAAUCUGCCCCCAAUAGCGAAUGGUAUCGAAGAUGAUGAUGUCUUGACUCAAGCUAGGAACUUUCAACAUUUGAAUCAGACGGAAGGUUGCAAUAACUGUACGGUUCAAAAUGUUACUACAGAUACAACAACAACAACAGCAGCGCCUACAGUGAAUUCAACAAGUGAUGCUAAAGAAUCGGCUGCAAGAACACGGCGACGGACGGAAGGUGUGCCAAAUUCAUUGCUAACACGCACCCACUUCUACCACAUACUCAUGGAUAAAUUCAAGAGAAGCGGCUACAAUGCUGAGCCCUGCUUGCUGCGUUUGAUUUGCGAAACGAAUUCCUCCGGCCUGGGUGAGGUGAACGGAGUACUCGGCACAUUAGUUCAUAUAUUGUUUUCUCCCAGCACAUCGGCGCAUGAAAAUCUUCCACUUCCCUACUAUCAAGCCGAAGUAGAUGGUUCGUUUGGAUUUUGUGAAGAGUACGCGAAGGAUUGCCAAGAAAACCCCUUGGAUUUAAUAUCUGCGCCGCUUGGCGAUAUUAUCGACGAAUUAAUGCAUAGUAAAUGA